GAGUUUUAAUGAAGCUCGACCAAAUGGUGGGAAACAGACAGACAGACGCAACAUUGUUCUCCGUCUCGGAGUGAUGCAGCUCCUCCCUCUGCGGGGGCUUCAUUUCAUCAAAUCCUUCAACUUGGACCACUUCGGCUCAGUCGCACUUUGGACUCCACCGCAUUUGGCUCCAGCGCCGCAACUUGCAGCAUUUGUUUCUCCUCCACAUCGAGCUCAGAACCUCCCGGACAGGCAGGAAGACUCCCAGCAUCCGCUGCAUCCUGUUCUGCCCCCAGCGAUGGAGACGGAGGUCAGGUUCUGCCCAAAGUGGCACGGCGCGCUCCGGUUCGGGCUCUUCCUCCUCCUGUCCGGCUUGCUAGGCGUCGCCGAAGCUGAGAUAACCUGCAGGUCAUGCCGGGACGGGAAUAUGUGGUACGGCGCGCAGGAAUUACUGCUGAGGGUGGAAACAAGUGGUCCCGCUGCCGGGCCAGUGGGGGAAGUUUUGGGGAGCGGAGACCGGACCGGGAGGGUCCCCUGCGAGCCGGGCCCCGCAGGAUGCGCUCCAGACCGGAGGCAGCCGAAGCGGGAGCGGAUUACAGGCAGCGGGAAAGUUUCCCAACACAGGGACGGUGUUGGUUCGACUCCACGGCGCUCCAGGAGGGACAGCGGCGGGGAUGCAGUCAGCUCAGCCCCGGCAGAGGGAGCGGCGGCGGCGGCAGCGGCGGCCGGGCGCAGAGCGGCGCGCUGGAGCGGCAAGGAGCGCAGAGCGGCGGGCGCGCGGCAGGAGGAGUUAAAGCUCAACAGCUCCACGUUCGCCCUGACCGGAGACUCAUCCCACAACCAGGCCAUGGUGCACUGGUCCGGCCACAACAGCAGCGUGAUUCUGAUGCUAACCAAACUCUUUGACUUCAACCUCAACAGUGUGACUGAGAGUUCAUUAUGGAGGUCAACUGACUAUGGUGCAACAUACCAGAAGCUGAACGACAAAGUGGGAGCGAAGACGAUCCUCAGCUACCUGUAUGUGAGCCCCAACAACAAGAGGAAGAUCAUGCUGCUGACGGACCCGGAGAUAGAGAGCAGCCUUCUGAUCAGCUCUGAUGAAGGAGCCACAUACCAGAAGUACCGACUGAACUUCUACAUCCUGAGCCUCCUGUUUCACCCCGAACAGGAGGACUGGAUCCUGGCGUACAGCCACGACCAAAAGCUCUACAGUUCUGUUGAGUUUGGAAGACGAUGGCAGCUGGUGCACGAGAAAGUGGCUCCUAAUCGUUUCUACUGGUCCAAGAUGGGUUUGGACAAAGAGCCGGGCUUAAUUCACCUGGAAACCAGCAUCUCUGAAGGACAGGCGCUGUACGUCACCUGCAAGCUGCAGAACUGCACAGACGCCAACAAGGGCAAACCGUUCCCCGGAUACAUUGACCCCAAUUCCCUGGUGGUGCAGGAUGAGUAUGUGUUUGUCCAGGUGUCCACUGCAGGGAGGCCGGUCUACUACGUUUCUGCAAAACGAGACGUCUUUACCCCGAUGAAGCUGCCAAAGUACACCCUGCCCAAGGAGCUGCAUGUGAUCAGUACAGAUGAAAACCGCGUGGUGGCUGCUGUGCAGGAGUGGAACCAGAAUGAAACCUACAACCUGUACGUGUCGGACACUUCGGGCGUCUACUACACUCUGGCUCUGGAGAAUGUGGUCAGCAGCAUGGGCCUGGAGGGCAACGUCAUGGUGGACCUCUACGAGGUGGCAGGAAUAAAGGGCAUGUUCCUCGCCAACAAAAAGACGGAUAACCAAAUAAAGACGUACAUCACUUUUAACCGCGGCAGAGACUGGAGGUUGCUGCAGGCUCCGAGCAGAGACCUGAGAAGCAACAGCAUCCACUGCGUUCUGCCAUACUGCUCAUUACAUCUCCAUCUCCACGUGUCUGCCAACCCCUACACAUCUGGAAACAUCGCCAGCAGGGAGUCGGCGCCGGGGAUCAUCGUCGCCUCAGGCUCCAUCGGUUCAGAACUGACCACCAGCAAUGUGAGUGCGUUCAUCACCUCUGAUGCAGGAAACACGUGGAGACAGAUCUUUGAUGAAGAGUACGCCGUGCUUUAUCUCGACCAAGGUGGAGCCUUGGUGGCAAUAAGACACACUCCACUUCCCAUCCGACACCUAUGGUUGAGCUUCGAUGAAGGACGGCAGUGGAGCAAGUACAGCUUCUCCAACACGCCUCUGUUUGUGGACGGGGUGCUGGGCGAGCCGGGCGAGGAGACGCUCAUCAUGACGAUCUUUGGGCACUUCAGUCAUCGCUCUGAGUGGCAGCUGGUGAAAAUAGACUUCAGGUCCAUCUUCAACAGGAGAUGCACGGAGGCGGACUACCAGACGUGGCACCUGCACAACCAGGGCGAGCCGUGUCUGAUGGGCGUGAAGAGAAUCUACCGGAAGCUGAAGCCGACCUCCAGGUGCGUCAUGGGAAAGACGUACUCCGUGGCGAUGACCUCGGCUCCCUGCGACUGCACGGAGGCGGACUUCGAGUGCGAUUAUGGCUUUGAGAGGCGGACUGAUGGGAAGUGCAGCCCGGCCUUCUGGUUCCAUCCGUCCUCCAUGUCCCGCAGCUGCACCACCGGAAUGACUUUCCUCAACAGCACCGGCUACAGGAAGGUGGUGUCCAAUAACUGCACAGCUGGAGUGAUAGCAGAGUACACGGCCCGGCAGCAGCCCUGCCCCGUCCAGGCUCCCAAAGGCCUCCACCUGGUCACCAGCGAGGGCCGGCUGGCCGCCACGCUGGGCGCCAACGUCACCUUCCUGGUUUUCCUGGAGGAGGGAGACGGAGCGAGGACCAGCAUCACGCUGGACUUUGGAGAUGGUCACGCUCUGACCUACUCCAACGUGAGCUCCAUCGAGGACGGCAUCAAGCACAUCUACAAAUCCGUGGGAAUCUACCGGGUGACGGCCACCGGGGAGAACAGCCUCGGUUCUGAGACCGCCACGCUCUUCCUGCACGUCACAUGUCAGCUGGAGCAUAUCCAUCUCUCUGCUCCCUUUGUGGCCGUGAGGAACAAGGAAGUGAACCUGACCGCCGUUCUGCAUCCCAGCCAAGUGGGAACGGUCACCUACAUCUGGUGGAUCGGAAAUAACACGGAGCCUGUUAUCACCCUGGAGGGAAGCGUGGCGUGCACGUUCUCCAGGGAGGGGAUCAAUACUGUCACGUUGCAGGUGUCUGCUGGGAGCACCAUCCUGCAGGACAGGAAAACUAUCGCUGUCCACGAAUAUUUCCGAUCCCACCUGCUGGCCUUCUCCUCCAACCUGGACGAACACAACCCGGACGUGGCUGAGUGGCGGCAGGAUGUGAGCCGGGUGAUCCGGAACGCUCUGAUCCAGGCGACAGGCGUACGGGAGGACCUGCUCCUGGUCACCGUCCUGCCAGGUUUACCAACAGCAGCCGAGUUUUUCCUGCUGCCUGACAAGCAGCUCACCGAGGGGAAAGCAGAGAAGAGCUCGGCUCAUUUAGAUCAGCUCUCUGACCUCCUGCUGAACGCCUUGAAUCAGAACCUGGUCCAGUUCACGCUGCGGCCGGGGGUCCAGGUCACCGUGUACGCCGCUCACCUGUCGGCAGCGCCCCUGGUGGACACCAGCGAGAACCACAGUGGCUCUGCCAUGCUAAUGCUGCUCUCUGUAGUGGUUGCGGGUUUAGCUGUGUUUGUCAUCUACAAAUUUAAGAGGAAGAUCCCAGGCUUCAACGUCUAUGCGCAGAUGCAGAACGACAAAGAGCCAGAAAUGAUGAGUCCAGCCAAUCCCUCAGAGGCCACGCCCAGCUCACCGCAGGACUUGGUUCCUUCUCUGGAGAUUCUGGACACCGAGUUGAACUCGCGGCCCAUCGGAUGUGUGAAACCUCAUGUACAUGUGAAAUUCUCCACAGAACUCCCCACAUACAUCGUCUGAACUCUGGACUGGAUCCGUUCCUCCAGCUCCCAUCAUGGAUUUGAUCUCACUUUUGUUUUGAUUUUGCGUUUGGAUCCCGAUGGUUUGGAGCUUUACACCUGUGCAUGUUGGAGCCGGAUGAUGCAAACUGAGCUCUGCCGAAAGCAGGAGACGCUGUGUACAGGUUUUCAUUUUUCCCGUUUCCCCUUCGUGUUUUGAAGG